UCGGACUGAGCGCAGUUGCGUCUGACGGCUCAGAGAGUGAGGAAGUCCGUAAAGUGGAGUGAAGCACAGUGAACCUAUAGAACAGAGAUAAUCGAAAACAGGGAGAAUCAAAGAAAUCAUUGAAUCGUAUCAGCCAUGGCGUGUCAGAGGCUGUUCAUCGGCCUAUUCUUGGUCCUGACGAUCACUUUGGAGUCAAUCCUUGGAGCCCCAGUGAUAAGUCAGAUCAGUAAGGAUGUGGUGGCUAGUGUGGGCGACACCGUCGAGUUCAACUGCACCGUGGAGGAGGUGGGCCAGCUUUCGGUCAGUUGGGCCAAGCGACCUAGCGAGUCCGAUACCAACUCGGUCGUGCUGUCCAUGCGGAAUUUCCUUAGCCUUCCCGAUCAGCGUUACAAUGUCACGGUCACCGAAGGACCCAAGGCUGGAACUGCCACCUAUACCUUCCGCAUUCAGAAGAUCGAAGUGAGUGACAUGGGACCCUACGAGUGCCAGGUGCUUGUUUCGGCCACGGAGAAGUUGACCAAGAAGCUGAGUCUGCAGAUCAAGACCCCGCCAGUGAUCGCGGAGAACACUCUCAAGAGCACCUUGGUGACGGAGGGACAGAAUCUGGAACUGACCUGCCAUGCCAAUGGAUUCCCCAAGCCCACGAUCUCGUGGACCCGCGAACAUAAUGCCGUGAUGCCAGCCGGUGGUCAUUCCCUCGCGGAGCCCACUCUCCGGAUUCGCUCCGUGCAUCGGAUGGAUCGCGGAGGCUACUACUGCAUCGCCGAGAACGGAGAGGGUCAGCCGGACAAGCGGUUGAUCAGGGUGGAGGUGGAGUUCCGGCCGCAGAUUGCCGUCAAGACGCCCAAGAUCGCCCAGAUGGUGUCCCACACUGCGGAGCUGGAGUGCUCUGUGCAGGGAUACCCGGCACCAACUGUAGUUUGGCACCGGAACGGAGUGCCCCUGCAAUCGAGUCCGUAUAAGGAGGUGGCCAACACCGCCUCCUCCUCGGGAACCACAACCUCUGUGCUGCGGAUCGACAGCGUUGGAGAGGAUGACUUCGGAGACUAUUACUGCAAUGCCACGAACAAGUUGGGCCACGCCGAUGCCCGACUGCAUCUCUUCCCGAGCGUCAUCCCAGUGCCCUCCAACUGGUAGUGCCCCGCAAUCCCGCAAUCCCACAUUUCCCGUUCCCACGCAACAAGACUGGAUCCCUCGCUUUUUCGGCAAUCGCCAGUCCGGAUGCGGCCUGUGUUUAUAUUAUUAAUGAUUCAUUCAAUUAGCUCCCAUUCAGACUACAUUAUUUUCGGACUCACUUGAGAUUGAGUGUCUUAUGAAUUCUGCUCUGCAUCCGUCGGUGUAUGUAAAACACAUUUAUAUACUUAAGUAAAUAACAUUCUCUGAUAAAGUUUAAUCGGACUUUUCCUAUGUAGCUGGGCCUGGCUCAUCGCCCAACUGCCACGAGCGAAUGAUAAGGGCCAAGCUGAUUUAAUAAUUCAAUCGCAUAGCUUUGCAGGUUGCUUAAUUCAGAUCUUUGAAUAUCAUAUCGAAAUUAGAAAACAUAAAAUAUAUAUUAAGUCUAAGUGCCUAACUUUCCUAGAACUGAUGAAUAAAUCAUUCUUUUCAAAACAUAAA